GCAUGGUGGGCCGCUUCCAGUGCCAGAUCCACGGCCUGCCUGAGCCCGUCAUCAGCUGGGAGAAGGAUGGGCGCCCGGUGGACACCUCAGACCAGAGGUAUACUCUGUUGCCCACAGGUGUUCUGCAGAUCACAGGUCUGAGGGGGGAGGACAGUGGAGUGUUCUGCUGUGUGGCCCACAACAGUGCUGGAGUCAAGCACAGCAACGGAGCCCGCCUCACCGUCUCAGGUUCCCAGUCAGCUGUGUAUAAGGAGCCUGUGAUUCUGGUUGGUCCAGACAACCUCACCCUCACAGUUCAUCAGACGGCCAUCUUGGAGUGUGUUGCCACAGGAUACCCCCGUCCCAUCGUGUCAUGGAGCCGGCUGGACGGUCGUCCCAUUGGGGUGGAAGGGAUCCAGGUGUUGGGGACGGGGAACUUGAUGAUCUCAGACGUGAGAGUUCAGCACUCAGGGGUCUACGUCUGCGCAGCCAACAAGCUAGCCCCGGCGGAGUUUGUCCAGGCUCCACAGUCGAUCUCUCGUCCGGUGGGCACUAUGGCCAUCUUCACAUGUGUAGCUCAAGGAGAGCCGCCGCCCCAUAUCACCUGGCUCAGGAACGGACAGGUGCUGGAGCCCAGCAGCCACGUCAAACUCAGGAACAACAACAGUACGUUGACCAUAGAUGGCAUUAGCCAGGAGGACGAGGCCAUCUACCAGUGCAUAGCGGAGAACAGUGCGGGCUCGACGCAGGCCAGCGCCAGGCUGACGGUGCUCUGGGCGGACGGGCUGCCCGGUGUGCCCACGCAGGUGCGGGCGCAGGCCCUCUCUCCCUCCGCCAUCCAGGUGUCCUGGAAGGAGCCCGAGCAGCACACGCAGGACAUCAUCGGCUAUGUGCUGCACAUCCGCAAGACCGCAGACCCAGCAGAGAUGGAGUACCAUGGAGGCCAGGCCAGGAGCAAGGGAAUCCCUCCUGCAGGUGGUGGGCGAUCUAGAACCUUCCACCAGCUACACGUUCUACGUGAAGGCCUACACGGAUCCCGGGCCCGGGGACCAGCAAGCUCGACACCACCGAGGCAAAGCUGGGAGGUGGUCGCAGUGCCAGCCCCCCCCUCCCUGUUCACGCGUGUGCUAAACAGCAGUGUGGUCCAGGCGGCCUGGGAGGCCUCAGCCAAGCUGGCCCAGCUGGAGGGCUUCAGGCUCUACUACCGACGGCUUCAUGCCCCCACCUACACCGGCCCCCUCGUCUUCCCCAGGAACAUCAGCCAGCACAACAUCACACAGCUCGAUCCGACGAUGGUGUAUGAGAUCAAGAUCCUGGCGUUUAACCAGCAUGGUGAAGGCAAUGCCACCACUCGUUUUGUGUCCCUCAAGGAGCCAGUGGAGAAAUCAGUGCUGAACCCUCCAUGUGACUGUGAGAAGGACGAGCCCAGUAAGAGCUCCACCACCGGCAUCAUUAUCGGCAUCCACAUCGGAGUCACCUGCAUCAUCUUCUGUGUGCUCUUCCUCAUGUUCAGCUACAGGGGCAGGCUGAUGCUGUGUAAGACGGUGCAGGCCACCCCUCCUGUUGGUCGUGCGGUGGUCUUGGAGUCCUCCAGCUCUUCCCAGGGUGCACCGGGCCUCAACGGCAUCGCCCGGACAACCGUUGAGCUCCAGGGGUGUGCGUCCAUGGCGACCAAGCCCCACGAAGAAGCCAAUGAGAUGGAACGACUCUUCCCAGGCACCUCCCACUUUGAAGGUCGCAUGGACAGCACACACAUGAUGGAGAGCUCCCUGGUGUCCUGCCCAUUCAACGAGACACAGAUUUCCUCUCUGCCCCUGGACGAGCUGAGCCUGGUGGAGGAGCGAGAGACGCAGUUCCACCAGCUUCCUUUGGAGGGCGCCAGUGAGCAGGACCGAAGGUGAUGAGAAGAAACACAACAUGAAGGCCAGGGCUGGAGCGUUGCCAUAACGACCAGUUCACAGACUCCUCACCUACUCAGGUCAACCCCAAUACGCCCCCCUCCUCAGUUUGGUUUAGUCACCUCUAUUUUUAUUUGAAAGUUACUUUUUUUUUUUUUUUUUUGUUUUAAUUGUUUCCCUUGAGGGGGAAAAGAUGGUGUUACCCUUGGAGAUGUGGCCAUUGUCUCGAUUGUGGGUGUGGCCCUGCUCUGAACAGACAGGCUUAAUCUCAGUAGCAGGUGGAGUGAAGAGUUUAUUUUCUUUGUUUCGUUUUAUUUCUAUGUUCUCAAAUGCCAACAGCACACGGAAUAGCGUCCCCACUCCCCCAUUUGGCUCCUCUGUUCAGUAGAACACUAGAGGACGUCCUCUCUAUGGUGCCAUUGAUAUCUGUUCAUAUUUCAGAUGUUUGUACUGAACUCCAGCUGCCUACUCUUAGCCUACCAAUGAUUCCACAACCCCUCCACUGGAGAAUAUGGCCUUCUCCUGGGGACAGGACCUGACCCCCCCACACCCCCACCCCCAAUCCAACCCCUCCCCCUCCCCUCGUCUCUCUCAGGAUGCUCACUGAUGAUGAUGAUAUCAAAAAAAUGGGUUUUCUAGUAGAUGUCCUGCUCAGCAAAAACAGGCAUUAGUUUUUAGCUAUGUGAAACUUAAGAUUUUUUUGUUUUGUUUUGUUUUUGAUUGUUGUUUUUUUGUUUGUUUAGUUUUGUAACAAAUGCCUACCUCAACCGGAAUGAAUGUGUUUUUUGGGAAGCCUUUUUGGGAUCUUCGUCUUCCCGAGUGUUCUGUCACGUGUCACGUGUCAUGUUUGAGCGAAAAUGUCUGAGAGAAAUUCUCUAUGAGGAAAAGAAGAAAAUUAGAAAGACAACAGGUGCCAUACUACCUCAGAUGACUCCAACACUCUCUCUUACGGCUCACAAACCAUGAAAAGAGAAAAUAUUUUAAAAAAGAUGAAAAAAAAGUAUCCAACAUUUAGCACUUCUAAACGCCGAAGUUCAUGUUCUACCUCAAAAGUUUAACAAUGUUGAUGUUGUUGUUGUCAAUGUUGUCAUAAUUAUUUUUUUUAAUUUUAAAAAAUCUUCUUUGUUCUGCGUCGUUCCCUCAUUGUUUUGGUUGUGAGAUCCUGGCUUCCCCCCUUUGGUUCCAAUGUUCUGGCAGUGGACAUAAAUAGUACCUCAUACACAUCAGCAAAUGAUCGUGCUUGUUUUGAAUCCUACUUGUAAACCAUUCUUAGCUGACAAAGGGAGAAAAACAGUUUUGUGUUGUGUUCUAGUGGUUGUGUAGUAUUCGAGUGGGACUUCUGACUUUUCCAUGUGAGUAAUCUUUCGAUGUUGUUUUGAAUAUCCUGCUGCUGUUGCUGUUGCUUUUGGGGUUAGGUGCACUGCUCAGAACAACUUCAGACUGUGCUAAUGACACACACACACACACACAUACACACACACACACACACACACACACACACACACACACACACACACACAUAGACAUGCAUCACUUCACAUGUGGGAAGAUGUCAUUUUUUAUGGACACACAUCACUGAACACACACAUCAUGAUCAUGUGAGGAGAUGCUGAUGGUGCUAUUAAUGAAAACACACACACACACACACACACACUGAGAGGUCAAUAAUGCCUGGAGAGAAGGCCAAUAGUCGAUCUUCGUUGGAUGAAGGCAUAAAUCAUAGUUAUUAUUAUUAUUUUUAUUAUGCAUGCGUGUGAGUCGUCAGGGAAACACCCCCUUUCAUAUCCUGCUGACUCCAGUGGCUAGAUGUAGUAAAGAAGGCACAGGGAUCAAUAAUUACUCCAGAAUGAAGCACAAAUGAUCACAGUGUCUUCUUGGCCAUACGUGUGUGUGUGUGUGUGUGUGUGUGUGUGUGUGUGUGUGUGUGUGUGAGUGAGUGUGUGAGUGAGAAAAAAGAGAAAGAGAGAGAUGUAGUCUCACUCCUAAUAUUUCACCUUUUUCACCUUUUUCACCUUUGACCUCCCCACUCAAAACUUCAUACAGGUGGAGGCUUGACCAGAUCUGAGUAAAACCAGGCCCAUAUAUAGGGCCCAUACUUAGCAGCUUGCAGAGCAGAGUUAGCAGCUAAACCAGAACCCAACCAUGACCCAACCCGCGUCUAGACUAGAGCAUAGACCCAUUUCGAAGGUCAGAGCCCGUUUACCAGUAUUAACUCAGAGUGCGAGGCGUUUCACAGGAAGUGUAACUGAAAUUAAGUUAUUUAUCUAUUUUGUAACUUCUGAAUGAAAAAUGUAAAUGUAACAAGCGUGAGCAGCCGCCUCCCAGACCCCUACAUCAUAUUUGCAUGUAUUCUGUUCCCAUGGUUACUGCAGUAGGGGGCAUGUCCAGUGUGUCGUUGUCCGGAUGUCCAGUGGGCCUCUGCUGCUCUGUAGGCUGAUGAAGAGUCCAGAGCUCAUGAUGGGUGUUCACUCAGGCAGUGUAGUUAGGGUCACUCGCUCUACCAAAUAUCCAAGACCCUACAGUCUUUAUUCCUUAUACACAACACCGCACAUAAACACACACACACACACACACACACACACACACACUGUCUCUCUCUUUAAUGUAUCUCUUUGGAACUCACAAGGUCGCUAUAUUCAACUCCUGUGGAUGUGAAUGUAGCCUGGUCUCUUCUAGCGAUCUAAUUGUUCUGUCCAUAAGUUGUGUCCAGUGAAAAUGACCCCUCCUCAGCCAGUAAGGGGGGGCAUGAACCCCCCCCGACACCACCUCCGUAGACUCCCCACUAUUCAGCUCUGUGCAGCUCUGUGCAUGGUCACUGACCUUCUCUGUGUGUGUUAAUAAAUAUCCACUGUAGUCCUUUCUCUUGAGACCUUUGGUGCUGCCUGUUGCAUCUCCAGGAAAUGCUGUUGAUGUUGAAGCAGUUGCUUAAAGUAAUAUAUUUACCUCUGUUUUUUUGUUUGUUUUGUUUUGUUUUGUUUUUUGCUUUAUUUGAUUAUUUGUUUUGGGAGGGGACACAUGUUACACGUAACACUGAAACAAAAAUGGCACGUGAUUUCUCAGGACAUUCCAAGGGGACUUUGAGCGUGAAACUUUGCCAUCCUGACUCCAAUGUAAUGGAUGUUUUUUUUAUAUAUAUGAAUAUAUAGCUAUAUAUUCAGCUUAGUUUUUAUCGUAUUAUGUAGUCCGAGUCAAUGUUCUUAUCCACUGUGCUGCUUUUAACAUUGAAGACAAAUGUUGGACCCUGCAGUACAAACUGUUUUUUUUUUCUGUCUUUUAUUUUUAUUUUCAAACAUUCUCAAAUGUUUGUUUUGUUAUGCAGUCAAUUGGUGUUUCUGUUUUCUUUUUAAACAAUGUCCAUGUCCAGUAUGUUAUUAUUAUGGGAUGUAGGGGUGUCAGCUAGCUGAAGGACAUCAUGACGCUCGACUACGUAUUGCCUAUGUGUAUUUAUGAAGUGCUACCAAUAUGAUGAUGUGUAAUAUUCGUGAUGGUCUUAAAUGGGGUGGAUAGACUGUAACUUGUGUUUCGUAAGCCUGACACUCCAUUUCGCAGGCUCUUUUCGUAGACCUGACACUCCAUAGAAAGAGACAGAGCGAGAGAGAGAGAGCGAGAGAGAGAGAAACAGAGGGAUCAAUGGAGAGAUAGAAUGAGAGUAACUCCUGCCAUAGGAACUUGCCCAUGGCCUCACUUCAGCUGUAACAUUUUUCAGAUGUUUUUCUAGUUACCCAAAAUGCCUGGGGAUGGAAUUGGCAGAGCAGCAUCCUCCACCAGAUCUGUCCAUUGGCUUCUGAAUGGUUAUUUACGAACACACCACUGGCUAUUUGCUCACACCAAGAACGAAAACGGCAAAAAAGUAUCGCUUUAGCUACUAUGAAUGACAUCCACACUAUAACGAUAACGACCAAAAGAACGAUAUCGUCGGGGAUCACUUUUGCUUUUUAGGCUACCCGUCCACUGAGUUUGCCUCAAAGGUCGAAAUGAGUGUGGGGGAGGCACACUUUCCUCAGGGACAUUUUAACUGGCUGAGAAGUCAGACAGACAGAAAGGGCCACCUAUCCCUUACUCCGUAUAUCCCUGGGCAUUUCCCAAAACAACCACCAUUGUUAAAUGAUAGAGAGAGUAUAAUUCUUAUCACUUUUUCUCUCUCUCCUAGUUAAUACAUUGUCUCGAUAACACCAUCGGGAAACACACCUGCUCUUCUGAGCCUGCUUCUGCUGUCCUUUGUCAUUGGUUCUCUGUUUCUCUUCUUUUUCUUUGGUUCUCUGCUUCUCUUCUUUCUCAUUGGUUCUCUGCUUCUGCUGUCCUUUCUCAUUGGUUAUCUGCUUCUCUUCUUUUUCAUUGGUCCUCUGUUUCUCCUCUUUCUCACUGGUUCUCUGUUUCUCCUCUUUCUCAUUGGUUCUCUGUUUCUCCUCUUUCUCAUUGGUUCUCUGCUUCUCCUCUUUCUUAGCCUCAUCAGCUAAACCAACAGCAGCGGAGGGGGCUGGAGGGCCUCUUUCACACACUCACACAGACUCAUACACACACAAACACACCCUCACUCUCACACACACACACACACACAUCGGGCCAGCCUGCCGUAAUCCCACACAUUGAAGAGGCUGCUGCCUUCAUCAUUCACUGGCUAAAGGGCCGGAGCCACAGAAGCCUGCAUGGGGCUACACAAAUGCCUUUAAAAUAGGGUGUUUGUUCUCCAGCCAUCUAUGGGGCCCUCUUCUCUCUCUCACACACACACACACAAUCAGUGAGGGAUAUCUCAGUAAAGAAAGGGUUGUUU